UAAAUCAAUAGAAAAUAUUUAUCGCCUUAAGUUAUCGAACUGAAAUAAAAAAAUUAGCCAAAAGUAAUGUAAAGAAAAGUAUGUGUUUAUAAGAUGGGCGCUACAAUGGUUAAGCCAUUGGUAAAGAAUGGAAGCUUGUUAGAUGCAUUGCCAUCGCAGGGAACGUUGCAUGUUGUCAUGUUAGGCUUAGACUCUGCUGGAAAAACAACAGCACUAUAUAGACUUAAAUUUGAUCAGUACUUAAAUACAGUGCCCACUAUAGGAUUUAAUUGUGAAAAGGUACAAGGUACGAUUGGCAGAGCAAAGGGAAUUCAUUUUCUAGUUUGGGAUGUUGGAGGACAAGAAAAGCUGAGGCCGUUGUGGAGAAGCUACACACGAUGCACGGAUGGUAUUUUGUUCGUUAUUGAUUCCGUCGACACAGAACGCAUGGAAGAGGCAAAAAUGGAAUUAAUGCGUACAGCAAAAUGUCCAGAUAAUCAGGGUGUUCCUGUACUGAUUCUAGCAAAUAAACAAGAUCUUCCAAACGCAUGCUGCGCAAAAGAACUGGAAAAGCUUCUAGGACUCAACGAGCUUCACAAUCCAGUGCCGAACAUGCCAACGAUAAGUGCAAGCUCUUCUUCAACGAGUAACCUAAUUGGUUAUAGCUCUUCAAACCAAAGAAACGCAGAGAAAGCAGUAGAUACGCAUCUACCAAGCCAGCUCUUCUCUCCAACAACGCCUAUUCUUGAACAAACUUGCGAAAGCAAUUCGUCAAUGAUUAGUGGCACGAUGUCCUCAUUUUCAUAUAUGCCUUCUCACACGAAUUCGGCGGAAAAAGAGAAGAAAAUGCAGCACGAAACAAAACAAAACUGGCACACUACAAUAAAACAUAACAGUACUGAACCUUUAAAUGCUUUACACAUGAAAGGCUGGUAUAUACAACCGACGUGUGCUAUAACUGGCGAAGGUCUCCAAGAAGGCUUGGAUGCAUUAUAUGAAAUGAUUUUGAAACGUCGAAAAAAUAAAUAAGUCCCAUAAAAAGCGACGGUAGUAGUUAAAACAGCGGACCUCUGGGUACCUCUGGAAAAGUGUGUAGAACGUAAACUCUAUUUAGCACAAUUAAAUAAAUAAAAAUUCACAAAAAUUAGUAA